AUGAAGAUUACCGCUCUUCUCGCUCUCCUUGCCUCGGUCUCGGCCGCUCCCAUCUCUCUGGGCGACGACCCUGUCCGCACAACUGCCAACGAGUUUGUCGAAGGCGGUUGCGCCGACAUGAUUUUCUUCUACGCCCGCGGCUCCACGCAAGAUGGCAACAUGGGAGAAUCGCCCGGUCCCAAACUCGCCAGCCUGCUCGAGGCAAAGUACGGCGCGGACAAGGUCGCCGUCCAGGGUCUCGACUACAAGGCCGACCUGAUGGAAAACUUUACAGAAAACGGCACCGACGACGCUGCCAUUGCCGCUCUGCAAGCACACCUCGUUGGCGCGACCAGCAAGUGCCCGACUGCCAAGAUCGUCGUCGCCGGCUAUAGUCAGGGCGCCGCAGUCAUUCACGCCGCCUUCAAGACGCUGCCCGCCGAAGCGCUUGCCCGCGUCAACGCCGUUGUGACGUUUGGCGACACCCAAAGCAAGAAGAAUGCAGACAAGAUUCCCAACUAUCCUGCCAAGCAUAGCCUCUUUAUCUGCAACAAAGGCGACACUAUUUGCGAACAGGGCAAGCUCGAGUACGACGAAUCACACUCAGACUAUGACAGACGCGCCGCCGAGGCCGCCGACUUUGUCUUCAAAAUGCUCGCCGAGGCUUGA